AUGUUGGGCAAUUGUCUUCUUCUCGCGGCCACAGCUGCCAUUUCUUUCCUUCCCAGUCUCGUGCAUGCGGCACCGGCACCCAUAGUCGAACGUCGUGAGGAUGGUUCAGUUGCCAUUGGUAUAGAGCAUACCGAUGACAAUGGUAAUGUGCUGGGCAAGAGGAACGUCGUUCUUCAGGACUUUAUCGGGUGCGGCGACUGGAAAGAGGACAUCAUUGCAGCGUGGGAAUCCAUGCUUUCGAUGGGCGCCUUGAUCAAGGACAAGAUGGAUUUCAACGAGCCGGUUGCCAAGGAUUAUCUUGGAGAUCCAUCGCGGAACAAGGGCAGCCAGGAUGCCAUCAAGAAACUUAUCCAGUCUGUUGUGACCUGGCGUCUGGGCGAGGGUGUCCUCGAUUGGAAGUUGCAGAUGCGAUGCGACGACAUCAACCGCAAAAUCGCGGCGAUAGGCGCGACAUUUCCUCAGGGAUGUCCCACAAACCCGGGUGCACGUGAGGAUAAAGACCAGUAUUACAAAUGCGAGAGCGCGUGCUGGAAAUAUCGGCAAUUCGGUGGCGGCUGGGUGCACAACGCAAUGGCGUAUACACAAGGAAGGGGUAAUGGCAAAAACGUUGGCUACAUUAACUUGUGCCCUGGUUGGUUCAAGUUGAGAACCUGUGGCGACGCAGCUUCCGCGUAUUCGAUCCAUCCAGAUCCCGACUACAAGUACAAUAUUAUCAACUACCUGUGUAGAGAGCAAGCCUUGGUGCACGAACUCUUCCAUAUUGAUGCCAACUGGAAGCAACACGUCCCUGGACACGGCCAUAUCGGGGAUACGCAAAUCCAAAUCCUAGUUCAAGACAAGUAUUACGAUAGAAGGGACGCCUACGGAGUGUACGCCAAGUUGAUGGCUACCUCGGCGGGGAAAAAACACGAUGUCGGUCGUCUUGUCUCAACAAACGCCGAUAACCUGGCCCUCUAUUUUCUCGGCAAAUGGGUCCAGCAGAAAUACGGUGUCUACCCAAACCAACCGUUUCCGACCGUGAAGCUAGUGGGUAUUGUGGAGGGCAAGAACCGGAAGAAGCGCGACGACGCGUCCAUCGACGAGACCUACGACACGCCCGAUGUCUGGGAUCCGUUCGUCGCGGUUGAUGGCAACGUAGGCUUGGGUGACCUGAACGACCUUGCUGUCGCACUUGGCGUCGAAUCCAAAGAAGAAGCGAAGACGCUCUACAGCGACGACGACGACACCGGUACCUGCCUCGACUUUGAGGCACAAGACGGGGACGACGAGAUCCCGGUGUGCUCCGAUCGAGGUGAGGUCGUGGAGCUCGAGGCAACUGAAGACUCCCUUGAGGCAGGUCCUGUGGAACCCAUACCUGCAGGCCCAGACCGUAACGGCCCGGACGCCGAGGUUGUCACGACUGACAACGCAGACGCUGCGCCGACUGGAAUCCAACUCCCUGGCGGCCCCGACCCCAACGGCCCAGACGCCGAGGUUGUCACAGCUGGAGACCCCGAGCCUGUCCCCACUGCAGACGUGGUGGAUGCCAUUACCGCAGGCCUGGGAGGGGCCUUCCCUGCAGGCCCGGACGCCGAGGUUGUCACGCAGAACGCGGAGCCUGCCCCGACUGAAGGCAACCUGCCUGAAGGCUCCGACCCUAACGGCCCAGACGCAGAGGUUGUCCCGAACCAAGGCGCGCAGGUGAUCCCAAACAAGGGUGCGCACAGUUCGAUUCCUUCCAAUUCAACAGCAUACGAGUAA